GGGCUGAGAGAAGGGAUUGGGGGUGUCCGUGCGUGCCUCGUUCCCGGGGAUACACAUCCGAGCUAGGCGCGGUGGCCAGGUAACAAUUCCAAGAUGCCAGGGCGUUCCAGUACAAAUUCAGGCUCCACUCGCUACAUAUCCUUCAGCGGUGUGGAGUCUGCUCUCUCCUCCUUAAAAAACUUCCAAGCCUGCAUCAGCUCUGGAAUGGACACAGUUUCUAGCGUUGCCUUGGACCUUGUGGAGACUCAGACUGAAGUGAGUAGUGAAUACAGCAUGGACAGGGCCAUGGUUGAAUUUGCUAAAAUGGAUCGAGAACUAAGCCAUUACGUUAAGGCUGUCCAGUCUACCAUAAACCAUGUAAAAGAAGAACGCCCAGAAAAGGUGCCAGACUUGAAGCUCCUGGUGGAGAAGAAGUUUGUGGCUUUACAGGAUAAGAACUCUGACGCUGACUUUAAAGACAGCGAGAAGUUUGUGCAAUACAAGCAGCAGCUGAGGGAGCUGAAGAAGCAAUAUGGAAUGCCUGCGGACAGAGAGAAUGACUGGAUAGAAGGAGUUGACGAAGAUAUGAUUGUGACCCAGAGCCAGACCAAUUUCAUCUGCCCCAUAACACAGCUGGAAAUGAAGAAGCCAGUGAAAAAUAAAGUGUGUGGCCACACCUAUGAAGAGGAUGCCAUUGUCCGCAUGAUAGACUCCAAGCACAAGAGGAAGAAGAAGGCCUGUUGCCCCAAAAUCGGCUGUAGUCACACAGACAUGAGAAUGUCGGACCUCAUUCCAGAUGAAGCCCUGAGGAGAGCAAUAGAGAACCACAAGAAGAAAAAGCGCCACCCGGAGUAGGAGCCAGCCCCCUCUGCCUGCCCCCAGGGGUCACAGCCUACCUCUACCCCCCACCCCCCACCCCGGGAGUGAGGGUACAAACCAGUUAAGGGCUGGCUGAACAGCACACUCUGCUUGGGGUAACGCGUGAUGGCUACUUGUAAUUGAAGGCCUUUUUCAAGUUAUAAAAUGAAAACACGAGAACAUUAUAUUCUUCAUUUUCAAGUGCUCUGAAAUUUUAAAUACAACUUUGAUAAUCCUCA